AUGCAAAACGGCAAAACACUUUUUUUCAAAAUUUCUUUACACCUGACCACCAAAUUCCAAUAUCUACAUUUGCAGAAGUUCUGCGGUAUAAAGUUUAUCUUAGAAAAUUAUUUUUCCGGCUUUUUCAGGUUUUACAAGUUGCCGUUCUUUCAGUACCGCUUAACAGUAUUUGUAGUACUCCUUGGCCUAACUUAUAUGUCGUCGGGAUUCCUGAUAGGAUUACUGUGGGGCUUGUACAUAUCGGUGGUAUCGUUUUUGUUUUUCUUCGUCUCUGAGCCUUUUCCAAAAGCUACUGAACGUCCGUUCCCUGAUCCAUCUGUUUCGGAAGAAAGCCACGCUUGUGGAACAACUGUUUAUAAGAAUCAAGGAAAAUUUUUUUUCAAGGGGUGGAUGAAUGAGCUUCGUGGUCGAUACGAUUCGGCCACUUAUCACGUUAAUAGCACGCAGACAGUACUGGUAAGACUACACGGCAACAUCUUGCGUAUAAGUCGUCCUGAACGGGCGGUUUUAAAGCAUACGUUCCAUGUUGAUCCCACUCUGACUGAACCAGAGCCUACUAUAGUUGGUCACAGCAUCUAUGACUUGACUGGAGCAAAGGUCUCUUUGAGACCGAAACGUUUGGCUGCUCGACGUUGGUGGAGUCGCAAGUAUCCAAUACAUAUUCGUCUUCCCUCUACCAGAAGUGAACUUUCAACGAUCGACUCUGUAAUGCAUCGUUCCCAUUCAUUUCAGCAAGGGAAUAGGUUUGCAGACCCUUCGCUUGGAAAAAUGGUUUUUUACGAUUCAAUGAAAGAAGACGGCAACGUGUCUGACUUUACAGGCUCAGCCCAGUUUAUCAAAGACAAUCGUUCAAAUUCAACUGGCGAUUUGGGAGAUUUUUCUGAAACUACAGAAUUUAAACGACAUAGCAAGACUAAAUCAUGUGGGACCAGCUUAUUUUUAUUCGUUCGCAGUGCUCGUGAGAAAGAACGUUGGUUUCACAGGUUUGUAUUUUCAAUUUAUAGGCUUUACAAAACUUGCAUUUUUUUUACAGGUAUAUCGUUUUUUGCAGGUUACGCGAAGCCUCCAAAUUUUGUUCAUCUAAUGCUCUUCUACUUCUUAUGUUUCGAAUUAUCAAUUUUUUGUAGGGCUAUGUCUGAGGUUUUGCCGGAUGUACAUCAUGAUAGGGAAACGAAGGAUUUUGAAAAUGUGGUUUGUAUGGAUUUAGGGAGACUGAAAUGGCAUAAAGGUACUCCUGCUGGCAAAGAGUUAGUGUUAACUGCCAACCCUGUUUUCAGGAUUUUUUUCGAUUUCUGUCGUGAUACCUAUUGGUGUAACCAGGUCAAAAACAAAAUCCAAUCGAAGCUUGCAACUAUUCACCUACCAUAUUUUAUCGAAACAUUGGAAUUGUCGAAUCUUGAUCUUGGUAACGUUACACCUGAAAUUGCUUCUGUGUAUUCUCCGUCUCUGGAUGAGUGGGGUUUAUGGGUUGAUUUUGAACUGAAGUAUCAUGGUCGAAUACAUCUUGUACUAGAAACGCGAGUAAAUCUCAUGAAGUUGAGGGAUGGAUUUCAACGUGUUGACACAAGCAAACUGACCAGUUCUAUUCGUGUCCACCAUUAUUCUGACGAAGAUUUACCUGAAUCACCAGAAAGUAGCCCCGAUGAAGACUUUGGGGCUGCUCCACCAGCGAAGGAACGAACAGGGAAAAAAAUUCUUUCGAUAGUUGAUAAAAUAGCUAGUAGCAAAUAUUUUCAGGGAGCUUCUCAGUUGAAACCUGUUAAAAAAAUGAUGGAAGGAAUUUCUUCGACACGACUCAUGCUUAACGUUUACGUAACUUGUGUUGAAGGUACAAUGACCCUCAAUUUGCCUCCACCGCCGUCUGAUCGCCUCUGGUAUGCUUUUCGACACCCACCAACAUUGUCCAUACGUGCUGUGCCGCAAUUUGGUGACAGAUCAGUUGACUUGUCUACCAUUUCCGACUGGAUAGAAAGCAAAUUACGCUUAUUGAUUGAGAAGUUUCUUGUUUGUCCAAAUAUGGAUGAUAUUAUUGUGCCGGUGAUGAGUGGGAAUCGAUUGCUUAAGAGCGGUUACAACCAGUGA